CUGUGACCUGUAAUCGGAGGUAUCGCGACACCUGAUACGCGAUCGGGAUUUUGCCUGUCACGUGACCCGGAUAGACAUCACUUGGCGCCGCGGCUUCCUUAACGGUCAACAGGGGGUCCGCGCGAAUCGAAUCAAGACAUGGACGUGCUGAAGAUCGAGGAAGUCAUCGUGGGUACCAACGUGAUGAAGACGAACCCAGAGAUGACGUCCGAGUCUUCUGCGACGUCCCAGCUGCAAACCUCGGAGGAUCGCGACGAUCUGCACUGUCCGCAAUGCCUCAUCACCUUCGUCACCACCAAGGCGAGGCAAAACCACCUGCGGAGGACUCACCCGGAUCAGUACACCAGGCAGCUGAUGCAGAACAACACGUUGUUCUCGUGUUACAAGUGCGAUAGAAUUUUUGCUUCCCCCGAAGAACUCAGCGUGCAUCGGGACGUCCACCACCGGACCGACGACUUACCCGUCUGCUCCUCCUGCCACAAAGUGUUUCCAACCUUCAGUAGCCUCUUCAGGCACAAGCGGAAGGGCUGCGUGAAGGGCGUGUGGCGCUGCCGAGACUGCGACGCGCGCUGCCGCAGCCUCCUCCAUUUCCACAUGCACUGCAUCGACGAGCACGACCGCGACGUGGUGCCGGCGGCGAAAAGCGGCGGGCGCCUGUGCUCCAUCUGCUGGCGCCACUUCCUCACCGACGAGGCGCUGCACGGCCACCAAGAGAGGGUGGACAACGCCGAGGUCAAACUGUUUAACGGCGAGCGCCCCCGGGAAGACAAGACCGGGAAGGUGGGCGGCAAGAGGAAGAAAAGGAUCGAGGAGGAGACGGAGGAAGACGACGACGAGGAGGACGAUGACAAUGAGGAGGAGGAAGAGGAGCUGCAGAUCCCGUGUCCCGAAGCAGACUGUGAUCUGGUCUUCCCUUCCGUGGAUGCACUGAGGGCGCACAAGAGGAGCCAGCACCCUCCGCCGCCUUCGUCGUCCCUCAAAAAGCGCUGACCGCCGCAUAAAUGCAGGCCUGUAACUGCAUAACUGCUUUUUUUGGGUUUGCAAACACCACCGCCUUCCUCACGACUACGCUCGACGACGAGGUUACUCCUCGCCGGCGGCCAUUUUAGUCCUGCAAUAAAGGCUGACUGUCUUCAAUACGAAAAGGCCCUGUAAUAAAGGAUGAGCGUCUGGUUUUAUUUGCA